CACAGUGGAACGAUGGGCUGGGACAGAGGAUUCUCCCGCCGUUUUCGGAUCUUCAUUCCCAAGAAGCAUCGUCAACGCUUUGAUGAGGUGGUCUCCCAAGGCCUUAUCCAACGCAUCUGCCGCGGCCGCAGCCUACUUGGGCCAAGCCAGAACCGGUUGCGCCGGAGCCGCAGCGAAGACCACCCAGAGCGGUUGCUGGUGUCCACACGGGCCAGCUCUGUACCCCGCUCAGCUGGGGAGGAAGGCCCACCACCGCCCCGGGGCCUGAAGAAGACCACUUCCCUGCUUGUGGGACACUCUACUCCUUCACUUGGCCACAGAACUGUACGCAUCUACAAAGGGAACAACAGCUUUGGCUUUACAUUACGGGGACAUGCGCCAGUUUGGAUUGACUCCAUUAUUCCAGGGAGUGCAGCAGAGAAGUCGGGACUCAAACCCGGAGACCGCAUCCUGUUCCUCAAUGGACUAGACAUGAGGAACUGCUCACAUGAGAAGGUUGUCUCCAUGCUGCAAGGGAGCGGUGCCAUGCCCACUCUAGUGGUGGAAGAUGGGCCAGUCGCUGAAGCCAUGGUGCCCUCCGAGGAGGAGCAUGGUGGCGGCUCGCCGCGCUCACAUUCCCCGCUGCUCAGCUCAUUGCAGUGGGUGGCUGACAUUCUUCCCCCCACAGUUCGGGUGCACGGUCGCACCUUUGCCCAGCAACUGGAGCACCUGCUCACACCACAGGAGCGCUACAGCAUGUGCAAGGCCCUGGAGACGUUCUUCCAACACAGGAAUGUAGACACACUGAUCGUGGACAUCUUCCCGCUGCUGGAUACCCCGGCCAAGCAGGUGCUGUGGCAGUUCAUCUACCAGCUCCUGACAUAUGAGGAACAGGAACACUGCCAGCAUAAGAUCUCUCGGUUCCUGGGAGUGAGGGCUCCAGCCCCUCCUGCAGAACCCGAACCUGCUCCGGAGACCCACCGCCGUAGCAGCUCCAUGCGUGUCACUGGCACAUCUUACAAGAACAUUAUGCGGGAGAGGAGCUUAGAUGACUGCAUCAUUGGCACUCACCUCGGCAUGGGUUUCCACAUGGAGCCCCCAGAGGUGGGCAUGCGGCUAGCCCCUGGUGAGAGGCAGUCCGGAGACGGGACGUCUCUCCCAGAGACGCCCAACCUCACCAAUCUUUCGGCUGUGUACGCUGAGCUAGAGAAUGCACAUGUGGGGGGCAAGAGUAAAUCCCUGAAGAGUCACUCAUCACCCCUCGCAGACACCCCCACUGAUCCGGAGCCUGCAGCCCUCACCCGUUCUGCCUCUGUGCGAACUGCCGGAGGACGCCGCCAGUCGGGCCCCUCCCUGUCAUGGCAGGAACCCUUGCCCAGCCCCCCAUGCCGGUGCUAUCCACCAGGGGUCCCCUCACAGGGUAGCGCAGAGUCCAACCCAUACGUCAGCCUGGAUAGCCCCAUGCCCUCGCCAGACCCCGAAGACUACCCCCCGAGCCCGCAGACCCGGCGUAAGCUGUUUACCUUCUCACGGCCCCCCCGCAGUGGGGACACAGACAGGUUCUUGGAUGCUCUAAGCGAGCAGUUGGGUCAACGCGUCACCAUUGUGGAUGACUUCUUGUCACCGGAGAACGACUAUGAAGAGGCGUCUGUCCAGAUGAGCUUCCAGGACGAGGACGAGCCUGCUUUCCUGCCCCAAGAGAUGAGCAGCCACAGCGAGUAUCAGAGCAGCAAUGAGGAUGCCAGCUCACUCACCUACUCCUCCAGCUCUGAGCACAUCAUUCCCCCGCCCCCACAAAGCCCUCCUCCGCCGCCUCCUGUGCAGUUCAAUGACCCACCCAUAGCCAUUGGCUUGUCCCCAGAGCGGGUUCUGUCGGCUCCCUUGUCUUUCCGACGGCACAUGGUGGCCCCGCCUCCACCUCCGCCACCACCCCGUGCCAUCCUGCCCCACAGACAGUCCCUGCACAAGGUGCUGCCCACUAGGGAGGAGCUCCAGGCACGCCACGCCCACCAAACCCACCAGACACACCAAUCCCUCCCAUCUGUCCUGUCACCACAGAUCUCCCACAUGCUGCACCAACAGUCCCGCCCACAGCCCCAGUCUCUGCCCCACCUCUCACCACAGCAUCUUCAUCGAACUCACCAUCUCCACCCCCCUCAGCCUAUCUACCAAUCACAACAGCAUGCUGCUUUUCAGGCCCAGCCCCUUCAGCACACCUACCAAUCACAACAGCACCCCGGUUUCCAAGUUCCGCCCCCUUCGUCUGUUUACCAAUCACAGCAGCAUCCCGCUCUCCAUGCCGAGCCACCUCAGUCUGCCUACCAAUCACAGCAACAUCCAACUCUCCAGGCCCAGCUUCCCUACCAAUCACAGCAGCAUCACAUUCAUGAGACUGAAGAUGAUCAGCCCAACUACCAAUCACAAAUGCCACCACCACCUCCACCCCUGCCCCCUCCCUGUGAACCGCCUCCAUUGCCACAGCCGGCAACCAAGCAUGCCGACUCCAACCACAUGAGUGUGAAACGUCUGCGCUGGGAGCAGGUGGAGAAUUCAGAAGGCACCAUUUGGGGACAGCUUGGGAAGAACUCUGAUUAUGACAAGCUUAGUGACAUGGUGAAAUACCUUGAUCUGGAGCUGCACUUUGGAACGUCAAAGAACAGCAUGUCUCUUCCAGAACCCACCCUACAGGGUGAGAAUUUCAAGAAGAAAGAUGUUAUCGAGAUCCUGUCACACAAAAAGGCCUACAACGCCUCCAUCCUGAUUGCUCACCUGAAGCUGUCCCCCUCUGAGCUGCACCAUGUGCUGAUGACCAUGAGCACAGACCGGCUUGAACCAUCACACAUCAAGCAGCUGCUUCUCUAUGCCCCUGAUGAGGAUGAGGAGCUACAGUACCAGCAGUUCAGUGGAGAUCCGUCGAAGCUUAGCGAGCCCGACCAGUUCAUGUUUCAGAUGCUGUCAGUGCCUGACUACAAGAUACGACUCAUGAGUCUCCACUUUAAGAGCACUCUGCAGGAGAAGAUGGAGGAGAUGAAGGGGGCCUACGAGUGUGUCUACAAGGCCUCCCAGGAGUUGAAGAGUAGCAAGAAGCUGGCCAAGAUCCUGGAGUUCGUGCUUGCCAUGGGGAAUUACCUAAACAACGGGCAGCCCAAGUCUAGCAAAACCACAGGGUUCAAGAUCAACUUCCUCACGGAGCUCAGUACUACAAAGACAGUUGACGGCAAGUCCACGUUCUUGCAUAUCUUGGCCAAAUCACUGAAUCUGCACUUCCCUGACCUUCUGGGCUUUGCCAAGGAGCUUCCAACAGUGCCACUCGCUGCCAAAGUUAAUCAAAGAACAAUGACAGCAGACCUAAAUGACCUUCACACCACUAUCCAGGACAUCAGAUCUGCCUGCCAGAGAAUGCCUCCCACGGUAGAUGACCGCUUUGCGGUGGUAAUGAGUGGCUUCCUUGAGAACACGCACCCUGUGGUACAGUCACUCGAGUCCCUGCAGCAGAGAGCCAUGGAGGAGUUUAACAAGGUGGCAUCCUUCUUUGGGGAGGACAGCAAGGCUACCACCACGGAGGCCUUCUUUGGGAUCUUUGCUGAAUUCAUCACCAAGUUUGAGAGAGCACUCAAUGAGAAUCAGGCUUUGGAAAAUCCCAGAAGCCCCCGCAUGGCCUCCCCCCUGGCUUGGUGAGAGUGGACCCCUCCAGACAGUGCCCAGAAGCCACCCUCACACCACUCUGGAAGCUAUGAGUCCUUACCGUGGCACGUCACGAGAACAACAGCAAAACAGAUUUGGAUCAAAGGACCUUCCUGCAUUUUGAAAACACUGACUGGUACCAUAAACAAUGUGAAACAUUUUAUAUUUGGUUAAAUAUAAAGUG